ACUGUGGACACUCUGGACACCGUGGACUCUGGUGAGGACUUGUUUCUUACCGGGACAUGAGCGCGGUGGACUGUAGCGGGCCCCGGGCUGUGCCGUAGCCGCUGCUUCGCUAACGGCUCCUGUCGCGCUUUCGGAAUAAAGGAAAAACGGAAGACAUCCUCACACAGUGUCAGCAGUGUCAUUCUCCGUGUGCUGGUGUCCUGACGUCCCGUUCAACAUGCUGAGCGGGUCUAAAAGCACGUUUAAAGUACGGCAGAUGGAGCCGGACAUAAAGGAGAGAAUGCUGAGCCAAAGCGGAGGUAGUGCCAGGAACAGAGACGUACUGGGCCUGCGCUGUCUGCCAGGUGAGUGUGUCCUCCAGAGGGUCCUGAUGGUGAGAAAGAAGCUGACGUCCAGAGAGGGGCGCGGGUGGCUCUCCGGGACCUUGUUCUGCACUCACUUUAGGGUGGCCUUCGUGCCCCAAGACGCCCCCAACCCACCAGACAAUGCAGACCCUGUGCUAUUGGGGGACCAUGAUGUGGCUCUGGCCUCCAUAGAGAAGGUGGUUGUGGUGGGGCCUAACCGGACCAAGCUGGUGACCGCCUCGUCCUCCCUGAAGUUCACCCCAGAGGAGCUGCUGCUGUAUUGCCGAGACAUGCGCGUGGUGUGUCUGCUGUUCGACCGGCUCACCCCAGACUCUCAGGUCCUCCAGAUGACCUACACCAUCGCUAAGACCUACCAGCCCCUAAAACCCGGGUCGGUCCUGUCCUUCCAGAACGCGGCCCUCGGCAGUGUGGAGAUGAAGCAGUUCCUGAGUAACCGCAGCAAAGAGCCUCACAUGAACUGGUUCGAGUCUGCUCAGGACUGGGAGCACGAGCUGGAGCGCUGUGGGGCUGUGGGCUGGAGGGUCAGCGCGGUCAACGAACGCUUCGAGAUGGCCACCAGUCUGCCUCGCUUCGUGGUGGUGCCGCAGAGGGUUCUGGACACAGAGCUGAAGAAGAGCUUUGCCCACUUCAGCGAGGGCCGUAUCCCACGCUGGAGCUGGAGACACCCUCGUGGGGCUGAUCUCCUGCGAAUGUCCAGCUUCCAAAACAACAUCUACCAUGAGAAGGAUGACAUACGGAACCUGGAGCUAAUCCUUUUUGGGGGCCACUCGUCCCUGUGUGUGGUGGUGGAGCUGGGGGAGGAUCUGCCCUCGCCUCUGGACGUCCAGCUGGCUCACAGCCGUCUGCGGGCACUGUGCCUAGGAGAUGUGUCCAGCUCAGUGUCUGUGCCUGAUGAUAAAUGGCUGUCCACUCUGGAGAGCACUCAUUGGCUUCACUACACCAGGUUGUGUCUGAGGAAGGCGUCGGAGGUGUGCUGUCUGCUCCGGAGCGGGCACCUCACAGUGGCCCUGCAGGAGGCGGAGGACCGGGACAUGGGCUGCCUGGUGUCCUCCCUGGUGCAGCUCAUGUGUGACCCCCACAGCCGCACUCAGAUGGGCUUCCAGGGCCUGGUGCAGAAGGAGUGGGUGACAGGGGGGCACCGCUUCUGCAGCCGCCUUAACUACCACCGGGACAGUGACAAGGACGAGUCUCCGGUGUUCCUGCUCUUCCUGGACUGCGUGUGGCAGCUGUGGGCACAGUUCCCAUCUCAUUUCCAGCUCACAGAGGACUUCUUGCUGGCCCUCCAUGACAGUGUGCAUCUGCCACUCUUCUCCACCUUCCUGUCCAACUCGCAGAGGGAACGGCUCAAGAGGACUCAGCAUGUUGGCCAGUCAUACACACGGGUAGAGGGCUGGAGAGACUUGACCUUUGACCCGGGUGACAGCUGUGACCCCCCGCUACCCCCCGUUUGGGACUGGGACCUGCAGUACAGUAAACAGAGGCAGGCGGCCUUCACCCAGCCUGUGGCCUGCCCUCCUUCGGUCCAGCCUCUGCUCAAUGGCAACCUCAACUCAGGCACGGACACGCUGCGGAUCACAGACACCAUUCCCGGCUCUGUGUUCCUUCUGUCCCGGGGCAGCUUCUCCUGCCCGCCCCACCUGCCCCCCUGGCGCAGUGGCAACAGCUCAGGCGUGUACCGGAAGAGCCAUCGGAGGGCGCUGUCCUCAGAGCAGGUGCCAGGGCUGGAGCGGCUGCUGAAGGCCUGGGCACUGGCUGAGUUCCCACACAGCCUCACUACACACUUGGGGCCCCAGGGGCCCCUGGAUCCCUAUGAACCAUUGCUGCCCCUGCUGAUGGGCCCCUGCAUGGGCUUGUGGAGGCAGUGCUACCUGAGGGGGGCCAUUCAUGCACAGGCCUUCUCCCACCCCCUGGUAUCCCCUCAGCCUCACCCUGUCGAGCGGCUGGCCCAGGAGGUGCAGCAGCUGAGGACCAGGCUGGCCCAGGUCUCCAUCCCUAAAGAGCCCACCUCCCCAGAGACCCCCAUCAGCACAGGCAAGAGGCGCAACCUCAACCACAACGCGAACAACAGCACCUUCCUGUUUCCUGCCUCCACCAACCAGCACACACCCAAGACCAUGCCCCAUACAGCCUGCACCAAUCACCACACACCCAAGACCACGCCCCAUACUAUGUCCACCAAUCAGCAGAGCUCCGGCAGCGAGCCGCACCCCGGAGCAACCCCUUCCUGCCCCUCGCACAAGAGCAGCAACCACAAGCACACCUUCCUGUUCAGAGCCCCCUCCCCUGCAGAGACCCGGGCCAAGGAGCGCCCAAGAGCCCCCCAAACCAAGAGCAAAGCUCCCCACGCAGCGUCCUGAUACCAUAGGGGGCGCUGUCUCAUGGGCAUCCACUCUGUGUCUCAACAUUAGCUGCUUUUCUAUGGUCGGACUAUUGCUUAUUGUACAUGAGCACAUGUUUUGUAUCAAAGAACCAGGUCAACAAGGGCUCUACACCUUAUAUUUAAUAAGACAUAUUCUUCCUUAUUUCCUCAUCUUCCAAAUUAUCUGAAAAAGAUAGAUCUGGGUGCCACAGUGACAAUCUCAUGGAAGAUAUUUCAGCCAGAUGCCCUUCCUGUUGCAAAGAGUGACUGGAGUAGUCCUGUGGAGACAGAGGGUUGUCCAACCCCGGGACUCAAAAACACUAUAAUCUGAACUGGCUUCCUUUUGAUAAGAGGGCGAAUGCUUUCAGACUGUGCCACUUUUGCUAUGUUUUCACAGUUGACUGUUCUAUACUCGGUAAUGUUGAGUUUGACAAACAGUUGUAAAAUCAAGCUCUGGUGUCAGCUCAUCAGAGGUGGGUAGUAAAGCCAAUACGUUUACUGUUACUUCUAAUAUACUCAGGUUCAAAUAGUCACCAGAUAAUUACCCUGGGUUUGCCACCAGUCUGUUAACAUGACAGGGUUCAAAGCAGUUUCUAGGCCUGAGCGAUUGCUAUUUGAUUUGUGAUGUAUUCACUUAAGGGUGUCUAUUGCACUGUUUCUGAUCUCUGUUCUAAUGUUGUUUCCUCAUCACAAACAGACCUGGAGUUGUGUUUUGUUUCAUUCACACGUGCUUCACAUAUUUAGGCUGAGUUUUUUUCUCAAACUGAAAACACACUGUUCAACCUUGUGAUGUCAUGUGGUAAUACACGUCAUUUCAGCUCUGAAUUUGCCAAACUUUUAAGUUACAGCUACAGUUUUAGCUUCAUUUAGCCUGAUUGAAAGUUAGAGACUUUCUAUUGGCACUAUCAACUGAACAAAAGGUAAAACAUAAACAGUAUUAAAAAUAAAAGCAACAAUGUAAUGUUAUUCUAGAGUAUUGAAGAGUAAAACAGGCUAAAAUAGUUGUUAACCUUAAAGCCAUCACUAAAUGACACCACAAGGUGGAACAGAGCAUCUUCAGCUCUGGGCAUGCAGACAGAAUAAUAAUGCAGGUGUGAAACAUAUGAAUGAAACAAAACACAACUCUAGGUAUGUUUUUGAGGAGUUACAAACAUUGUAACAUGGCUAAAGUCAGUCAGCCAGAUCUAGGAGCUUUAAGAGUUUAUAUUUCAGUAUGAGAAUUUUUUAAACUAUCAGCUAGAGCGUUAGCGGGUUUAGAAUGG